AUGAGUGAUGGUGAGACUUUAGUCUCCUCAGGCGGAAGCUUUGAGCUAGGCUUCUUUUCUCCUGGCAAUUCCAAGAACAGGUACUUGGGGAUAUGGUACAAGCAAACCCCAGAGACGGUUACUUGGGUUGCAAACAGAAACAACCCGAUCACUGGUUCACAUGGUUUUCUAACUGUUACCAAAACUGGACUAGUUCUUUCCAACCAAGCGAAUAGUGUUAUUUGGUCUUCAAAUACAACCAAAGUGGCAGAAAGUCCUAUCGCACAGCUCUUAGAUUCUGGAAACUUUGUUGUUAAAGACAAUGCCAUGCUACUGAUGGCUUCUCUCCAGAAAAAUUGGUUGGAGCAGGUGGCUUUGGCUCUGUUUAUAAGUGGCAUCAUCAUGGGAAUUGCACGGGGACUUCUCUACCUUCAUCAGGACUCUAGACUUCAAAUCAUUCACAGAGAUUUGAAGACUAGCAAUGUUUUGCUAGACCACAACUUAAAUGCCGUUAUUUCAGAUUUUGGCUUAGCAAGAACAUUUGGAGGAGAUGAAGUUCAAGUAAAAACAAACAGAGUUGCUGGGACAUAUGGCUAUAUGUCUCCAGAGUAUGCAGUCGAUGGAGAAUUUUCAGUCAAAUCUGAUGUUUUCUCCUUUGGAGUGCUUAUGUUAGAGAUAUUGAGUGGCAAGAAGAACAGGGGUUUUACUCAUCCCGAUCACCACCAUAACCUUCUAGGACAUGCAUGGUUGCUAUGGAAGACGGACAGGGCCUUAGAGCUAAUAGAUUCAUGUCUGAAGAAUUCAUGUGCUCCAUCUCAGGUGCUAAGAUGUAUUCAGUUGGGUCUACUAUGUGUUCAAAAGUUCCCAGAGGAUAGGCCUGAAAUGUCAUGUGUUGUAUCCAUGCUGGUAAAUGAGAAAGACAAAUUGCCUGAACCUAAACAACCUGGUUUCUUCGUAGAAAGAAGACCGAAUGAUGGGGAUGCAAAAUCCAAAACAGUAGAAUCUGCUUCAAACAAUGUAGUAACCUUAACUGUGCAGGAAGGAAGAUAG